AUGUUUGAUCAAAGUACCCAGAUGUGUCCCACCUCUCAGAGAGCUAAACGGUUGAGUGAGAGGGGAAAUUACACCAAUGGAAGCUGCAGGCGCUUGAGACAUGUUAUUUUGGCAUAUUUGGUUCUGUUUGAGAUGAGAACGAAUUCAACUUGGACCAAACACAAUCUGCCCAGAUGUGAAAAAGAACAGCUCGAGAAGGUGCUAGAAGGCAAGUCUCCCUCUAUUUUCACAUUCAAAUGCAUCGAUCUACGACCGUGUCCUCCAGGCCUCCAGAAGGAUGCUGACACGUUGUGUCAAAACCAUGUCCAAGAGCAAAUUCCAUGGCCACAGGGUCACACGGAUCGUCUUAAUUGUGGCUUCUGUCUGAUGGAGGAACUGAGCAUUAUGAAAGAAGAUAUGAACACUGUACGAGAAUCCAUUCAAUCUGCCCUAUGCACAAAUAUUGGGGGGCCAUACCUUAAAGGCACGAUAAGAUACAAUGCCAUUGACAUUGAAAUGCUCAAAAUAAUUCAAGAUGAAAUCCUUAUCAAGCAUGCCUGGAUCAAACAGAAUUAUGAAGAAAGCUGGCCUAUUCCAGCACUAAUCAAGACAGCAAUAGAGAAUUGUAAAACAGUUCUUCGACAAAAGGCCAAACAAAAAGGUGAAAAUGUUAAAUGGAUCCCAGGACUACAGCGCAUAGCUCAUCAUGUCUCCCAGAAUAAUACUGCCAUAGAUAAUGUCGCCAUCAAGAGUGACACUGAACUGGGCAACUGCGGAAAUGACCCCACCAAAUCAGACGAAGAAUCAGAUGACAGCUGCACUAAAUUUGAUGGGGGCCACACUGAAUCAGAUGAUGACCAAAUUGAAUCAGAUGAUUACCAUGCUAAGGGUGUGGGAAACCAAGGGAUUACUGGAAAAGUGUGA